CACGACACAAAAUGAGAAUCAACACGAAAAAUUUGGCAAGUUUUAUUCACAUCACUUCUUAAACUUCUUCCUACGUGGGAUUGAUUAUUUUUAGGUCAGGUCAAAUUAACCUUCCAUCUAGUGCCGCUAUAUAUCAGAGAGCAUACAUUAGGGUUUAAGCCGAGAAGCACAGCCAUGGAUCCCUCUACUAUGAGUUCGCCCGAGUUUCAGCAAUUCUUGGAGCAAGAGAAGCAAAAAGCAAUGAUGAAUGAACUUGUAGGAAAACUUUCAGAUGUCUGCUGGGAUAAAUGCAUUACAGGUGCUCCUGGGAGUAAGUUUAGCUCAAGUGAGACUGCAUGUCUUGUCAAUUGUGCUCAACGCUUUAUGGACAUGAGUGCCCAAAUUAUGCGGCGUGUCCAGAGCAUGGGAUGAAUAAUGCAGUUCUUGAAAAUAUUAUUUCUGGGCCAGUUGCCUUGGGCAUAAAGUUUGUUGAUGUUUACUCGAGUGUUGUCAUGAUUGAUUUAGCAUGGUAGAGAAGAAACCAUCUGAUUUUGAAACAUUUAUUUGAAUACAAUUGUUUACUUAUAUUUGGAGA